GAGAAAAAAACAAUCAACAAGCAGAUUUCAGUUGCUUCAAAUAUCGCUCUGCAAAUGUGCUGAGCGAUUGGAUAACUGGAUUCAAAUCGUAGAGUGAUUCAAUUUGAUGUUCUGAUGAGCCAGGUGUGUCCAGUCGCUGCCUCUAUGAAUGAGUGAUCAAGAUGAAAGUCAAAGUGAACAACAUUAGCUCAGGGGAAAAACUUGUCUACUCUCUACCGUUGCUAAUUGGUGAGGUAGAAGCCAGUGCAACUCAGGAUGAUCAAAUCCAAGUCUGGAAUGAGACAGACCAUACAACAAGAAAACUAUCAUGGCCCAUUUGUUCAUCCAAAUUCAAAGUCUUGGUUGAAUUAACACCAGGGAAAAAUGUCAUAAAAUUUCUUUAUCAGGAUACUGAGAUAGAUUUUAUUCUUUAUUACGCAAAGCCUGUCAGAAAGUGUUUUGUGCGUCCAGUUUAUAUCAAAUGUAAGGAUGACACUGGCCGAUUCCAGGCUCCUGAGGGUGUUGAUAAUUCACCCACUGCUGCUAAAAAACGGAUUAUUCUUGGCGCACAACUGAUUCAGACAUUUACUGCGGAGAAGAUGCAUGAGCAUGGUCUGGGCAGGACGACAUUUCAGUUGGAAACGGAUAAGAAUAAUCAGCCUGUAUGUCAUGUGUUUACAACAUCUCUCACGUUAGCUGAAGCUCAUUCCAUGUCCGGAGGGGAUCUGUGGACACAUUUUGCUCGAGAAUUCAUGACAUCCGACAUGCCUCAAAGAGACUUUUGUAAAUGGUACGCAUUCAUGUCAUUCACACGCUACACUGUGCCACUAGGAUUUAUUCCAAAGACUCAUGGGGAAAUACUACAUCAUACGAAAGGUCACACUGCUCUUGGUGGUGGUGGUCUUGCCUUAUUUGGAACAGGUAAUUUACAUACCUGGGCCGAAUCACUGGCAGACGUUGUGCCCGCUUUCACAGAUUGUAGAAAAAUGGACAAAUCCAAGUUCAUGGAUGAUAGCGCCUACAGGCAGUACUACUGGGCCAACUAUGCUACAGGACUUGGUGCCUCUCUCCAUGAGCUCGGUCACACAUUCGACCUCGGACAUACCACGACAGGCAUCAUGGCCCGCGGCUUCGACGAUCUCCAUCGGGUCUUCACCGUGCAGCCAGCAACUCAGGGAAAGCCAAUCAAUGGUCAGACCAUCCAUAAGGGCCCGUACAGUCCCCAACACAUUCCAGCUCAUAGAAGGGUUCAAAACCGAAUACGCCAUCACUCCGCUCCAAAUAACGUCGACAUCAUCCACGUCGAGUGUGCAUUCCAUCGCCUGCUGCCGGAGACCAAGCAGACAGUCAUCAUCAAUAACUACGAUGGGACGAAAACUAAGAAGACUUUCAUAACAUAUCCAGAUGGCUCAGAGGAUGUUAUAGUUGAAGACCUGGGACCAAGUGAAUUGCUGAAGAAACUCAAGAUUCGACCACCUCCACUGAAAAAGAUUAUGCAACCAGUUGAGCCAAGAAGUGAGCCUGCCUCGGCACAUUCCUCUCCGAUCAGAGUACGGCCAGCACAUCUGCCAAGUUCCUCCUCCUCCACACCACCAAGGUCUCCCAUCGUCAAGUUUGCAGAUGGUGGCGCCCACUGGCAUCGCGCUUCUGCACUGUUGUUGAGGUGGCACCGCUGGUUUAAUGAAUUUGAGAACAUACCAAAAGGAGACCCACCUAUUGUUUCAAAAGGACAAGUCACAUCUCCAAAUGGCCUACGUCAGAUCGAAGUGCGUAAUCUCCCCGAUGGCAUCGUCUUCCAUCACUGGGAAUUCCUCGACGAAGCACCCAAGCUAUUCAGACUUCCCGCUGCUCAAAUCAAAGACCUCUCUGGUGACGCACUGAUGAUCACAAUUCAAAUGGAGGACAACCUUGGACUCGUUGUGAAGAAAAAGUUGGCCAUGUCAGAUAUUGUUGACAAUGAGGCUAGUGAAGGUGAAAAAUGAUGAUCCUGUGCCUCCAAAAGAGAUGAAAGAAUGAAGUAUUCCAACCAGAUGGUCAGAUUAGUAAGACCAGUAAGAGGGUGAGACAUAAUGGAGGAUCCCUCUGAGUAGAGAGAUAAUGAAGGAUCCCUCUGAGUAGAGAGAUAAUGAAGGAUCCCUCUGAGUAGAGAGAUAAUGAAGGAUCCAUCUGAGUUGAGAUGAACUUGGAUGAGGAGAAUGGAGUUCUGUCAUGCCUGGUCGUACUUGCCCACCAUACUACAUAACAUCACAAUGGUAUAAAUUUGAUGAUCCGUUAUCAUUUUAUCUCAUACAUAUCUUAACGCAGGGUUAAUAUUCUGUCUGUCAUGCAAAAAGAAGCAGCAAUGACAUGAAAUAAAACCAUCCUAUUACACCUAAUGUUGUCGUCGUCCUAACAUCAGUCUGUCAAUCACCACCGUGAAACCCACUAGACUUCUGCAAGCUUCACUUUUGAAACAUUUAAGAAAUGUGCCGAGCAGGUAAGGUUGCUCCAUAUACGUUGUUAUCAACCAUGUUGACAAAAAAUGAUGAGAGCAAAGUUUGAACUCCUGUUAUACUCUGAAGAAUGAAGGCUACCUUGAAGAAAUAAUGAAAAAAUUGACAGUGAAUUGCGUGAUGUUUGCAAGUUUUGGGUUUGGGUAGUGUUGACAGAUUGAGAAAUAUUGUUGUACAUGCUAGAUCCUCUAUAUUGGUGUAUAAACCUACUUGAUCAUGUAUCUCAUAACCUGCCUGUGAUAUCAGUAUGGCCACUACUAUAACAUGGCCGGUUUUGUGUGUAAAUAUUCAUAAGAACUGAGAUGUACAAUUCAUAAAGCUUCAAAAGCAGCUUAAGUUAUUUACUAAUGCUUAUGGAACUUAGUUAUGCAUUUCCAAAUGCUUCAACUUGAGCUUGGUUCAUUCACUAGAAAUGUCAAAUUGCUAAAAAACUCAGUUGAGCAGUUCUCCUUGUUUCAAAAACUGAGAUGAAUUUUAUAGUUUCUUGUUAACAAAUACAAAUGGCAAGGUUUGACGUUUCAGCUAAGCUUAGAAUUUUCCAGUGCAGCUAUAGAUUUUAUGUACAAUAGUUCUGUGCUAAAUAUUUUUAGAUUUAGUCACUAAAAUAUAGACUUCUUGAACUUUUAUUGUAAUUCCAAGUUAUUUCCAUUUGAAUGCAGCAUAUGUUAUGGUUUCAAUGCGGCUUCAGGUCAAUUUAUUUAUGGUUGUGGCGUAAGUUGCUUAGGUGCAUCAAGUCCAUGGGCCAUAGCUGAAAGAAUUUCGGAUGCACUUUUAAAUCAUGAAUUUAGGUAGAUUUUAACAGUAGACGCUGUAGACCACUUAAUCUUGUGGGCAUUUUAAUUUCAUGGACUUGGUGAGUAACAUAGAUUUGCAAAAUUCAAAUCAUGAAAAUUUUGGCAUUCUUUCAGGAAUUUUUGUGAAUCACGAAAAUUUGGCAGUUUACAGGAAAUUGUGUCAAAAUCAUUUAAUGAUUAUUGUUGAUGGAAGUUUUAUUUAUACUCUCGAUCAAUACGCUCACGCUGCAUUGGCACGGAGCCAUCUGCAUUAUAGUACAUUAUUGAUGUGAAAUGUGACCAGCUUCUACUGUUGCUAUUCCCAGCUAUCUUUUGACAUUUCCUUACAGGCUGAAGAACACGCCUCUUGUUGUCGCUUAUUAAGGUCAGCACACACAGGUGAUGCUACAUUGAAGACUGUGCAAUUUCACACGUGGACAGUAAAUGAUUUCACAUUGAUUAGAUGUAGUGAUGCAGAUUGUUUUUUUGCUGAAAAAAGUCACCUUUCAUCAGAUUAUAAGAAGCAGUAAUAAUUUUAUUGUCGAGAGCAAUUAUUUGCACAACUGACUGGGCUUUUUAGGCAGAAAGACAUUUUUAAAGUGGAAUAUGUCACUCACUUAAUACUGUACAGUGAACAACUUGAUCAGGUUUUACGUGAAAUUGAGAUUUUUCACUGCUGAUUUCAGCUGAGGCAGCAUAUUUUGUUAAGAUUAUAAAAUUGCUCUCGAACCGAAACAGUCUGAAAAUUUUGUAUGAAUUUUAAUUCUGUUGUAUCAGUAGUUCUUGGAGGUUUCUUGUUUUCUUGUAAUUUUGUUGAAAAGUUUGAAUUUCAAACGCAGGGAUAUGUUUCUAACAACGAAGCAGUCAGUAUAUGGUGCAAGCAGUCUUGAUUUUUGAAAAUAUAUCAUAUAUUGAGUCUAUACUUUUGGUCGUCUUGUCACUUGCCCCUAUUAGCUUCUCGAGGUCCACCCAGGAAUAAAUGAAUGCCAAGCUGGCAGAGUUGGCCAAAUGUGGAUGUUAGUCGUGAGUGCAGUUAGGACAUGUGAUACUCCCCAGGGAGUUGAGCUUGAACCGGAAUAUACCAGCCAGUAGCUGGGCUAAUAUGUUUAGUCUCUCUAUUAUCAUUCUGUUGCUCCACUGCCUGGGUCUCUAACAAGGUGUUGGACCCAUGACCUUUGUUCAUUAUUAUCACCAUAUACAUUGUACACUGCAACAAUCACAUUUUCUGUUGCUGAGUAUAAACUUCUUCAGGAAAAUCAGGUUAAUUUGCUUGAUAUUGUUAGCAUACCCGAUGCUGUACCAUGAGCAAUUAUAAUCUGUAUAUAUUAGGUGUUGGUGUUUAUUUGGUACAUGUCUGGUCCAUUGUGAUUAGCCUUGUUGUGAUAAAUGGUGUCCUGUUCCACACAUUUUAGCAUAUCGUGUUGAAGUUUGGAAAGUUUACUGUCAGUUGUUUCAGCGCUGUCUAUAGUUUGCUUGUUGUUGUAUAGAAGGUUAUGCUGGGUACUGUGCCAUAGAAUGUUUGAACUUGAGAGAUUUAACCCUGGAAAGGUGAAAAGCUAGAGAGUUUGAGGGUUUGUGAGUGAGACAUCACAUGUCUGAGUGUCACCUAAUGUGACUGGAUCUAUAAGGGCAUUGACAGAGAUGACGUAAGGAGUUGGUAACACGUCACUAUGUACUAUGUGUGUUGGUCUUUGAGUUGGGAAACUGAAUCAAAGUGUAGAAUCUGUUGUCAUUGAGAUGAUUCGUGUUGUCUGUCAGUGCACCCUACCCCUUGUCUACUGCACUGGGACAGAAGAUGAGAUAUAUUCAGAUUAUAUAAUCACAAUAUAAGUAUGUUUUGUAAGAGACUCACUAUAAGGCUAUUUUAUGGCAGCACGUUUCAAUGCAUGUCAGUAUUUUGGCCAUAAUUUCGUGGCUGGAAAUUUAUGAUUUGGUAUUAAAAAAUUAAAGUAAUGUUUGGUAUUUUGAAGUUUGAUAGCAUAUUCUUGAAUAUAAAGUAUUUCUUGAAGAAUACCUAUAACAUCUUUGAUCAGUUUGAUCGAAAAUUUAAAAAGGAAGAUAAUUUCUACAAGUCUACAAUUACAGUCCAAGUGAUGAUGGUGCCUUUGAAUGAGGCCUAUGGGAUUAUCAUAUACUUAAGUUAGAGUCUGAACAGCAAGUUAUCCUUGUGGUCUGGGGCUGGUAGAGUGGUGCUAGUGCUCCCAAAGUGUCUUCAUCAAGUUAUCAUCGGUCUACAGUUUGUUGCCAGAAUUGGGCAAGGACUAGCUGAUACUGUUCAAUUGAUGAGGACUGAAUUUGUGUGAAUUGUGUACAGAAUUAUCACUUGAAUCGGGACUGACUUCCAACCCUGAAACAACAAGGAUACCUAUUCUGGACAGACUAUAGACGAAUAUCUUUUGUAUUGGUAACAAGGUAUAUACUGUCAAUAGAGUCUAUCGUUUUUAUGGUACUCAAUAUUUUAUUUUGUAACUUUACAUCUUCAGGCUUAGCACUUCACUUUAUUGUCUUUACUGUUUGUUUAGAUGUGAGAUUUGUAACUUGUCUGUCCAGUGCUUUUCAUUGUUAUGGAAUAUCCUUAAUGGCAAGUUUCUUGCCUGAGAAUUUUACACAAAAAUGAUCUAAAUCAGAUGCAUUCACCACAGCCCAUUGAUCUUUAGAAGACGUCAUGGCCAUUUGGCCAGUCUGGCUCUGUUACUUCUGUUUAUGUCUACUUAUGUAUAAUAGCUGUGCAGUGAUGUCAUUAGGUCAGUCAUUUCAGAUGUCAGUCCAUGUCCAUCAUCAAUACAGUGCAUCACAUGGGCAUGACGUUAUUGUUGAUAUCGUCACACUUCACUAUGCCAAACUGGGUCAGUGAUGUAACCAAAAUGGUAUCUUGCGCUCUGAUGACAUCCUCUGCUCGGACUCUGUCAACACCAAAACACGCCUGGGCUCAAAUCACUAAUACUCAGUAUUGCUUUCCUGCUAUCUCAUCAUGUCAGAUAUGCAUCGAUAUUCUUCAGGUUAUCAUCACCUAGGCUACCUCAAUAUUGUCUGUGUUGGUGUUGUCAGUAGCUGAAUUGAUGUUCCCAAGUGUUAAACUUAGUGCAACAUGUACUGUAUGAUACAUGCUGUUUAAGAAAUACUUCAGUUUCUAUCACGGUAACAGGAAGAGACACCUUCCAGGAAGUUAAUCUGGCCUACCUGGCUCUGCCUAUCGUCACCUAAAAAUUCUUAGAUUUUGUUGUGUCAAGAAUUGGAACUUGCUAAUCUGUUAUCAUGAUUAUGGUUCUUGUUUUGUCCAUCUCUCCAAAUGCAGGAAUUUCACAUGCAAAAUGUUUCAACAUGUACAUGUACUUCUAGUUUCUUGAAUAGGAUUAUUCAGUUUCUUACGAUGACUUCUCAGUUAAUACACUACAUGUUGGUGACAUGACUUGGGAUGUUUUAAUGAGCCAGAUUUUAUAUUUUCAUCGAUGGUGUAGUUGUUUGGUAUUCUGUGAUUUUCAAAGGAUUUUAACAUACAUGUAAUAAAAAGAUGGUAACUUUUCUACAUAAACAUCA